AUGAUCGUGAAAUCCUUAUCGCUGCUGGCAUUGGCUGCUGCCACAGUGGAAGGUUGUGUACGCGAGCGAGAUGUCGGUUCAGUCGAUAUCCUGAGCGUGCUCUCGAAACGAGGACAUGGACACCCCCAUCUGCCGCACUUGUCCAAGUACGAGUCUAUGUUGAUUAACAGUUUCGACAACACCACGGUCGACAGCUGGGCCUACUACUAUACUCAUGGAAUUCACAUCGCUGGAACCAAUCAGAGCAUGGCGCAAUGGACUGCCGAUAAAUGGACAGAAUUCGGCAUUCCUUCGUCUCUCGUCUCGUAUGACGUAUACCUGAACUACCCAGUUUCGCAUUCACUGUCAUUGACGCACCCUGACGGUACGACCUGGGAGGCUUCUCUGGUGGAAGACGUUCUUAAGGAAGACGACACAACAAGCUACCCGGACCGCAUACCGACAUUCCAUGGCUACUCUGCCUCCGGCGAGGCCACUGCUGAGUAUGUUUACGUCGGACGUGGACAAAAGGUUGAUUUCGAGAGGCUCAUCCAGUUGGGAGUGGACUUGAAGGGAAAGAUCGCAAUUGCACGAUAUGGCGGUCCAUUCCGAGGUUUGAAAGUCAAAAAUGCACAAGAUCAGGGGAUGAUCGGCUGCAUCAUCUUCACUGAUCCUGCGGAUGACGGCAAUGUGACAGUUGCAAACGGCCUGAAGGCAUAUCCAAACGGUCCUGCUAGAAAUCCAAGCGCGGUCCAGCGUGGAUCUGUCCAGUUCCUUUCUAUGUUCCCGGGUGACCCAACCACUCCCGGAUACCCUUCUCGACCGGACUCUCCACGAAAGGACAAGAGCCCGGUUGUACCAAAGAUCCCGUCGAUCCCGAUCUCACAGCUGGAUGCUCAACCCAUCCUCGCUGCACUCGACGGCCACGGAACUCCAGGAAAGGAAGUUAACCGCACCAGAUGGGUUGGUGCUCUUAAUGCGACAUAUGCUACUGGUCCUGCGCCUGGAGCCAAGCUUUCGAUGAGCAAUGUGAUGCGUGAUACUUAUACCCCUAUUUGGAACUCAAUUGGUAUCAUCAACGGCACGGAGCAGGAUGAGGUGGUUAUCAUUGGAAACCACCGCGAUGCUUGGAUUAUUGGAGGAGCCGGGGACCCCAACUCUGGCUCUUCCAUUAUGGUCGAGCUUGCAAAGGCGUUUGGAAAGCUCCAGAAGGCCGGCUGGAAACCCAAGAGAACCAUUGUGAUGUGUUCUUGGGAUGCGGAGGAGUACGGACUCGUUGGCUCCACCGAAUGGGUCGAAGAAUACCUGCCAUGGCUCAAGGCAUCGGCGGUUGCGUACCUCAAUAUCGACGUUGCCGUCUCUGGUCCAGUGCCUGACCUCAGCGCUACUCCUGAGCUGCACAAGCUGGCUCUAGAGUCUAUGAAGAAGGUUAUCUGGCCGUACAAGGGCCGCCAGGACACCACCAUGUACGAUGUCUGGAACACAGCUUCUGGCGGCGAAGUCGGUGUCCUUGGAAGUGGCUCUGACUACACCGCUUUCGUCCACAACGGCAUAGCAUCGCUUGAUACUGGCGCGGGAGGAGACGGUAACACAGAUCCGGUCUACCACUAUCACUCGAACUAUGACUCGUACCACUGGAUGGCCACCUACGGCGACCCGGGCUUCCACACGCACGUUGCCAUGGGCCAGUUCCUGGGCCUGCUAGGCUACCAUCUAGCCACUGACGACAUCAUCCCGUUUGAUGUGACUAACUAUGGCGUGCAGAUGACGAAGUACCUGGACGUGCUGAAGAAGUACAUUGCAGCAUCCAAGUUCCCUGAUCUGGACGUGAGCAAGAUCGAGAGCGCCAUCUGCUCGUUCAAUGUCUCUGCCAAUGCUGUUGCGAAACUGCAGAAGAAAGCCGAGCACAACGUCCAUGACCAGCAGCUGCGGAAGCACCUCAACACCAUCUACCGCGACUUUGGCCGUGGCUUUGUCUCGCAAGGUGGCCUUCCAGACCGCGAGUUCUACAGACACAUGCUGUAUGCACCGGGACUUGACACUGGAUACGCACCAACGACCUUCCCUGGCGUGACGGAGUCUCUUGAUGCCGGCAACCGGACAAGAGCCGUGGAGUAUAUCGAGCGGGCGAGCAAUGCCAUCUAUGUAGCUGCUGGCAUCCUGUCGUCCUGCCAUGACUGCAACCAGUUUGUCGCCCAGGAGUAG